CUCUCUCUCACUCUCGAACAAAUCUAACCUCUCUGAAAGAUAAGAGAUUGAUAAGAGAGGAAGAAAUCGAGAGAGAAAAUCUCUCUCUAGGAGAGGAGAGAGAGUUUCAUGUGCUAGUUAUUCUACUAUAACCAGUAUAAUUUUAAUACAGGACAUUAGUACCACCACCAAUAAGCAUACAACAAAACUAAUGCACUCUAAUACAAUCAUAUUGCGAAAAUGUCUUCUUUUUUUCCAAGAAAGAGCCACUAAUUAAGACCACCGGUUCUGACUUCUGAGUGGCCAUAAAAAAAGUUAUUUGUUCUAAAAAAAAAAGCUUUUAACUGACCAUAAGAACAAAAAAAUGUCCUCCUGGUUUUCAAAAUCCGAGCAACCAAAAAGCUUGAAAUGUCAACUCAAUGAUAAAAAUAACGUGGAAAAUAUGAAAUUCGUUGCAGAGAUUACGUGAUCUGUCUAAUAAAGAUAAGUUUUGAAAAGAUUUGUCAUAAAUAGAGCGUGUAUAUACAUUUAUUUAUCUUCGGAAACAUGGAUAAAAUAGGAAUAAUAAAUCAUGCAUCUUGAAAUAGAAUAGUCUAAAAGAGCGACGGUUGACUGAACCAUCGCUUCCUUUGAUCAUUCUCUUUAUAUCUUUACUUCAUUCAUUAUAUAUCUGUAUGAUUUCAUAAUCAUCUUGUUACACAUUCUCUUUUCACAUAAAAAAAAAAAAAAACAAUUUCCUCUCAUUUCUAAAUGGCACACGUCGAUUAUAGCACCGGUGAUUCCUUCUCAACGCUUCAUCCUGACAUCAUCCAAACCCAAAUCUUGACCCGACUCGACGGUCCGACGCUUUCCUCCACCGCAUCAACAUCCUCUUAUCUCCAAACCCUCUGCAGGGAACAGAAGCUCUGGCAAGAACUCUCAGCCGCCACGUGGCCUUCUAUAAACGAUCCACGUGUUGUUAAAGCCAUCUCCUCCUUCCCUUCCGGGUACCGCUCCUUCUUCGCUGACUCGUACCCGUUCAGUGAACACACGUGGCCUUCCGAAAAAGACGAUCCACCGACCACUGGAUUAAUCUCAGCCGUUGACCUGUAUUACCGAGGAGAGCUAAUCUACUCUAAGGUCCAAGAGAUGGAAACAGAGAGUGGCAAAGGAAGUUGGUUCUUGUCGGCUCCGUUUCGGGUCGAUAUGCUCGACCCAAAAGAGUCGGUUAGCACCCGGAUUCGAUAUCCGGGUGGGGAUUACGAAGCGUGGGUGACAGAUAUGGAAGCGAGCAUGAAGCUCAACUGGAUAGUGAUCGAUCCGGUAAAGAAACGUGCGGUGAAUAUAUCGAGUAGGGACGCAGUUUCGGCGAAGCGGAACUGGUUGACCGGAGAUUUAGAGAUUAGAUUUUCGACGGUGGUGACGGGGAAGAGAGCGGCGGAGGUGGCGGCGGUUGUGUCGUGUGGAUCGGCGGAGACGUGGAAAGAGGUGGACGAGGAAGUGGGAGGAGAAGUGCACGUGAGGGAGGUGAGGUUGGGAGUAGAGGACAUAGAAGGAAAGUGUUUGAAAGGGAGGGAGAGUGUGGUAAUAUUACAAGGGUUGUUGGAAGGGAAGAGAAGUCGUAAAGAUGGAUGUGGUGAGGGGAGAAGAGGUAAAGGAAGGUAUGAGGAAUACGUGGAGAUGAAGACAGAGUGGAGAAAGAAAAAAGAGAGGAGAGAAAAAUUUCAAGACACUAUUUGUAUGAUUUUUGGGUUUUCUUUGUUUGUGCUUUUGUGGAGUUUUAUUUUGUUAAGAUAAAUAUGCUAAAAAGAUGAAACACAGCAUAAUACGAUACACAAGUUUUUUAUUAUCAAUAUUCUUCUCUUUUUUUGUAAUGAAUGAAAUUUACUAAUA